AUGAAGGGAGCUUCCAAGGUGAUAAUGGGAGCCACGGUGGUGAUGGUGGUCGGCCUAGGCUUCGUACUCACCCUAGUUCUAAUCCUCCUAGCCGAGCUCUACUGCAACCUCAUUCUCCGCCGCCGUCAGCAUCGCCAGCAGAUGGCGGUGGUUUCCUCCCCUGACACCACCACACCCAUCACCACCAUUCCCUCUUCCCCUCAUUCCAACCUCCUCCACAACUACCACCACUCUUCUCCUUCCCCUCCUCCUCUCGGAGUCCUCCAAGCUCCCAGAAGCUUCCUCUUCCCUGCAGCCAAAGAAGCCAAGCGACUCAUCAGCAGCCGCCGCAACAGCCACCACGAUGAUUCUUGCCGCCAGCUCCACCACGUCCUCGAGCUCUACGAUGAUUUGUCCACAGCCGCUGCCAGCCCGCAGCAGAUCGGGCUCAUCCGCACUCCUCCCCCGCCGGCUUCCUACUCCUUUUCCCCUCAAGAAAUCCGAGAAAUCUCUGUCGUCGUUCCCCCUCCUCACCAUCACAAUAAUCAGACCUCCCCUGUAUACAAGGACGCCCAUAGCACCGCCGAGCAUUUCAUUUGCAUAUCCAAUCCCAUCUACGACAACAACAAAGGUGUGGAUCAUCACGGAGGCAGCGGCAGGGACGACACCCCGUUCGAGACCCCGGACUCGUCGCCGUCUCGGCUGGAUAGUGGUGGCGACGUUUCGAGCAGCAGCGACGAGGAGAUGACGAUGACCAAGGCGACGGCCAGUCCUCCCGUGGGAAGUUCCACUCCCCCAUUGCAGCCGAUGAAGAAGCUGCCGGCAGAAGCGACGUCGGUUUCGCUGAGGGACGUUGUUACUGUUUCAGGGGGUACUGAUUCCAAUAGUAACAACGGGCUGCUGUCUUCCUCGUCCUCUCGUUCAACUUCUCCGUCGUGGUGA